CUGACCACCGGCCGCUGACGACUAUGUCCAAAUGGCUACAUAGGUCGAUCGGAACUCUUACCGUCGGGUCCGCUGUCACCAGCUUCACAGGUGGUGCCCUUUCGUUUGGCAACUUGCAAGUGGGACAAUCCUGUGGAAGGAUCACCGAGCUUAUUGAGAUGGUCAACAACUUGACGGACGGAACGCUCUACUUCGAACACGAUGGUCUGAACGUGAAGCAGCCUUAGAUUUUCCGACGCGUCCAACAUCAACGGUCAUCGUCCCGACAACGAGCAUGGCACCCUCGACAUCGAGGUCGCCCCUCUACGACGGCUGUCCACCCGAGUCGUUGUGGAACCGUGUUCCGCACUUUCAGUCGUCUGGUCCGUGGGCAUCCUCUUCGAUCAGCAGCGAGCCGCGUCAAGCGGACCCCACGGCCGACGAAGCAGGGCAAGAGGAGGAGGAGGAGGAGGAGGAGGAGGCCGACGAAUGGGAGUACGAAGAGACGGAGGACCUCAUCAUGCUCGACCUUGGCUCCAAGUCUGCUCGCCUAGCCCACAUGUCGCACGAGUACACUGUCACGGGACUCGAGACGGACCACCCAUUCUUCAAGCUGGGCAACUUGACAUUCAAAGGCAGAUGGGAUCAAUUGCUCGGCACCGAGCUUCUCCUUCACCUUGAUCGAGACCCGACCAAGGCAAAGAACGAGCAGACGCCAUCUCGAAGCGCGUCGUUCUCGAGCCCGCCAGCAACCUGUCGGAGCGCGAGGCGGCCCUCUUGCGUCCGCUCAACGCCACAGACGGGCCCUCGGCCGUGGAGAAGAGGGGCGCGGCACCCCUUGCCCUUGUUUCCUACAAGGACUUUCGCUGGGUCAGGGGCGUCGGCUGGGUGCACAAGGACGACGUUGGGGAGGCGAUUAGCGCACAGGCCGAGGAGCAGGGGGAGAGCGACGCGGAUGAGGAAGGACAGGGGCUCGCAGACGAUGGCGCGUCGGACGGCGAAGCGGGCGCGGGGCAGCCCGACGGCGGAGUCAAGCUUACGAAGCGGGGAAAGCCAAAGAAGAAGAGGCAGCCGAUGACAGAGGUACAGAAGGCCAAGGCCAACCUCAAGAGGGCGUUGCAUAAGCUUGAAAAGGACAAUCCGAAGCUGAAAGAGGACAUCGAGAAGAGAAAAGACCAGAUCAAGGUCAAAGAGGAGGGCGGGGGCCAAGAUGAGGAAGAAGAGGACGUUGAAGAUGAUGAGGAACCACAGCCUCAGCGAGACGCGCAAGCAGGAGGCCAAGGCGACGAUCAUAUGGACACCACCUGAGAAUUAGAAAGGAAGGAGUGGGUGUAUUGUAGCAUGGAAAGGGUAUAUCGGAGCUCAAUCAUCAUCAUCCGGAAAGAGAUCCUCGACGACG